AUGGCAAUAAAGCUCCCAUCUGCGGCUCAUCCUACUCGAUUCCUCAGAUGGGUUUCUCUCUCUUCAAGCUGUAUUGCAGAUAUUUCAGAAAACCCUGGAAUUAUUAAGCCCAAGGAUUCAUCUGAAUUUGAUCAAAAUCUAAACUUUUUGAGAAAUAAGCUUGCCCCAGACAACUUAAUCCGGAUUUUGGACCGUACAAAUGGUUUGAACUCAGCAAUUAGGAUAUUCAAAUGGGCUUCGAGACAGAAGAAUUUUCACCACACUUCGAACACAUAUUUUAGGAUAAUUUUGAAACUGGGUAUGGCGGGGAACUCUUUGGAAACGAGGAAAUUUUGUGAAAACAUGGUGAAGGAUAGGUGCCCCGGUGCUGAAGAAGCUCUUGUGGCAUUGAUUCACACAUUUGUGGGGCAUUGUAGGAUUAAAGAAGCUAUUACAGUUUUAGUCAACAUGAAUUUGGGUGGGUAUAGACCGCCAAUUGAAGUUUUUAAUGUUUUAUUGGGUGCUCUUGUGGAAGGAGAGAGCAGAGAUUUUCCAAAUGCCUUGUUUGUUUAUAAAGAGAUGGUGAAGGCAUGUGUAUUACCCACAGUUGACACUUUGAAUUAUUUGUUGGAGGCAUUAUCUGCCACCAAUCGGGUUGACUUGGCUUUGGAUCAAUUUAGGAGAAUGAACAACAAAGGAUGCAAUCCAAAUAGUAAGACUUUUGAAAUUCUUGUAAAGGGUCUCAUUGAAAAUGGUCGAGUGGAAGAAGCUGCUAUUGUUUUGGAGCAACUGUUUGAAUUCAAAUGUCAAUCAGAUUUGAGUUUUUAUACCUGCACGAUACCUCUCUUUUGCAGAGAAAAUAAAGUAGAGGUGGCGGUAAAGUUGUUUAAAAUGAUGAAAGAUUCUGAUUUUGUGCCUGAUUCUUUCAUUUAUGAGGUUCUAGUAAGGUGCUUUUGCAACAACUUGCAGUUGGAUUCUGCUGUUGGCCUCAUAAAUGAGAUGACAGAAAGUGGUAUGCCACCAAAACAUAAGGUUCUUAUUGAUAUGAUGAAUUGCUUUUGUGAAUUAGGGAAAAUUAACGAGGGUAUAGUGUUUUUAGAAGAUAUACAAGUUCAUGAAACUGCUCCUUUCAAUACAUUGCUUGAAGGUUGCUGCAAUUCUGGUGAAAUUCUGGCAGCAAAUGUUCUGCUGGAGAGAAUGUCCGAGAGAAACAUAGCGGAUUGCCAAUCUUGGAACAUUCUCAUUAGGUGGCUUUGUGAGAAUGAAGAUAUCAAGAAGGCAUAUACACUUCUUGGCAGAAUGGUUAAAUCAUUUGUUAUUCUUGACUGUGCAACAUAUUCUGCUCUUGUAGUUGGCAACUGUAGAUUGGGCAAGUAUGAAGAAGCAAUGGAACUAUUUCAUCAAAUUCGUGCCAGAUGCUGGAUUUUAGAUUUUGCCUCAUAUUCUGAACUAGUUAGUGGUCUCUGUGACAUCAAACAUUCUGAAGAUGCCAUUGAAGUGUUUAACUAUAUGUCAGUGAAGAGAUGCUCUCUUCACUCCUUGGCCUUCUACAAGAUGGUAAAAUGUGUAUGUGACUCAGGACAGGUCCACGAAGCCAUAAGACUAUGGCAAUUAGCUUAUUUUUGUGCUAUUUCUUGCUGUAUUGCCACACACACUGCCAUCAUGCGUGAGUUGUUAAGAUCAAGGAAGGCAGAAGAUAUGUUAGCCUUCCUCUCACAAAUGUUGAUGGUUGGUAUCAAUCUUGAUGUGGAAGCAUAUUGUAUUCUUAUUCAAAGUAUGAGUAAACAUAACAAAAUAAAGGAAUGUGUUUUAUUUUUCAAUAUAAUGGUCAAUGAAGGUCUAAUACCUGAUCCAAACCAACUAUUUGAUCAACUGUUGUUCAUGGUCAAUCAUUCUCAGUUAUCUAUGAUUUGUAGUGCAAUUGAUAGAAUUUAUGGCAGUGACAUUUUGAAUUCAGCAAUGUAUGGUUUACUGAUAACCGGCCUGUUGAAAGAGGGUAGGGAACGCGAGGCCCGACGAUUACUUGAUUCAAUGUUAGAAAAGGGUUGGGUUCCUGAUCCAACCACUCAUAACUUAUUGAUUGGAUCUGAUCUUAGAGAAGGAAGGAGUCAAGCAAUGUUGUUUGAUGAUUCUGCCUCACUAGAUUCUGUUAGCAAUAUUCUUGCAGAAGACCUGGGGGAUACAUGA